GUGUUAAUUAAUGUAUUGUAGGCUGCCCUUGUUCGCUCACUCGGUCGGUCGCUCGCUCCACAUAAUGUCUGUCCGACCGAUUCUCCGACUGUCAUGGAAUCGCUGUCGUCAGUACUGCCAGUUUUCAUCACCGGAGGAUUCCAAAUGGCUUACACUGCCACCUGUAAGUAUGACCACCGUCGUCAACGGUAACCAACUGACCUCUUCCACUUCUACUACUGCCCUCAAAUGGGUUAUUCGGUGCUGCCCCCAACUACCUAAAACCCUUAUACACAAGCUCUUUCGUCUUAAACAAGUGAGAAUGCUUCCUUCCCUUCUUCUUUCCCAACAACAAGAAGAAGAAGAAGAAGAAGAUAAUCAUCAUAAUCAUAAAUUCAAAAGGGUGACUCCUAAAGAUACUCUGAACUCCGGAGAUCGUAUAUUUCUUCCUCAUUCUGUUAAACAAAUUACGCCUCCUGAAUCAUUAGCCCCCAAACACGACUCUCCCCUCACUCUCACUGCCAAACAGAUCAACUUUAUCCGUACUCUUGUUAUCUAUAAGGAUCCUCACAUUCUUGUCCUCAACAAACCUCCUGGAAUGCCAGUGCAGGGUGGCAUUAAUAUCAAGAGGAGUUUAGAUGCUGUUGCUGCAGAAUGUUUAAAUUAUCAUUACUCUGAACCUCCUCGUCUGGUGCAUAGACUAGACAGAGACUGUUCUGGGAUUCUGGUCAUGGGAAGAACAAAGACAACCACUACACUUCUGCAUUCUAUCUUCCGAGACAAAACUUCCAGGGCUUCAGAUGAUAUUGGCACCAAAAACAGAAUCCUACAAAGAAGGUAUUGGGCACUGGUCCUCGGAUGUCCUAGACGUUCAGGGGGAUUGGUUACUGCUCCAUUGGGUAAGGUGGUGGUUGACAACGGAAAAUCUGAUCGAAUUACUAUUGUUGACAAUUCUACAUCACUGUCACCGCAACAUGCAAUUACAGAGUACCGAGUGAUUGGAUCAUCAUCUCAUGGCUACACAUGGUUGGAGCUUUCCCCCUUAACCGGUAGAAAACACCAGCUCCGAGUCCACUGUGCUGAGGUGUUAGGUACACCAAUAGUUGGGGACUACAAGUAUGGAUGGCAAGCUCAUAAGAAGUGGGGACAGUUUGAUUUGUCUAAUCUGGAGGAAUCAACUGAAGAACAUCUCAAGGAAGAGGCACUCCCUUUUGGCCUUAACUUGAACAAGGGAAGUAUCUCUGACAAGCAUCCUCGUUUACAUCUUCAUUGCAAGCAAAUAGUGUUGCCCAAUAUAUCUCAGGCACUGGAAAAUGUGCAAUCACUAUCAGCUUCAACUUAUGACCUUUCAGUAGUUGAAGCACUUGAAUUGGAAGCAGAUUUGCCUCCAUUCAUGAAAAGGAGUUGGGAUGUAACAAAUUCUUGAGUUAUGAUCUAAGUGUAGCAGGUUUUUUUUGUUCACUUGGUUCCAUCUAGUAAUUUCUUCCGUUUGAGAUUCUACUUAUCAAUUUAAUGCAAUCAAGUGACCAGCUACACAUAAGUUGAGGUAUCUGUGUUUGUAACAUAUAUCUCUUGAGAAUGUUCAAUUGGCACUGCAUUUUUCCGCAGGUUGAACUGAGAUUCAUAAACUGUCAUUUCAUGAAUAAAAUUGUACUAGUUGUUUCUGCUAGUUGUAUAUAUAGUUCACAUUAUUGUAGUUGAUA